GAAAAUAUUAUAAUAUUUAAUUUUCUGCAAACAUUGGGCGUUGUAUUGAAGCCCGAAGAUAAGGACAAGGAUGGAGAAGCUUUCCUGAAGGUUGUCACGAGAACGUGGUUACUCGCUGGAGAGGCUUUGCUUCAGAUGAUUGCCAUACACUUGCCGUCUCUCGUAACUGCUCAAAAAUACCGUAUGGAAAUGUUGUACAAGAGACCGCUCGAUGAUGAAGCUGCCAUUGGAAUUAAGAACUGCGACCCGAAUGGACUACUUAUGAUGUACGUUUCGAAAAGUACAUCGGACAAAGGACGCUUUUACGCUUUCAGCCGAGUAUUUUCGGGUAAGGCGUGCACUGGCAUGAAAGCUCGCAUCAUGGAACCCAACUUCCAGCCGGGCAAAAAAGAAGAUCUGUACGAGAAGGUAAUCCAACGUACUAUUCUCAUGAUGGGUCGUUACGUCGAAGCUAUCGAAGAUGUACCUUCUGAUAAUGAUUGUUGUGAUUUUAUGAUCUUUGUGAUUUUGUCGGCGUCGAUCAGUUCUUGGUGAAGACCGGUACAAUCACGACGUUUAAGGAUGCGCAUAAUAUGAAGGUUAUGAAGUACUCUGUGUCGCCCGUCGUGCGUGUCGCGGUUGAACCGAAAAAUCCUGCUGAUUUGCCAAAAUUGGUCGAAGGAUUCAAACGUCUGGCAAAGUCAGAUUUUAUGGUGCAGUGCAUCAUCGAGGAAUCUGGCGAGCACAUUAUCGCCGGUGCUGGAGAGUUGCACCUUGAGAUUUGC